AAUGAGCCAGUGAGUAAUGCCUGCCUGGCUGGAGCACAGAGGUAGAGUGCUGUACAAUUAGCAGUUUGUUGUUGGUUUCAAGAACAAGGCAGUUCUUUAGUACUGUGAGGUAUCAAAGGCAAGGGGCGCAUAACUCUGGAUGUGCAGGCAGCUCAGUUCAUGCUGCGUGGAAGUCCUUUACUUGCUUACUGGGGGACUUGAAGGCGGGCUGUUGACUGGAGCACAAUCAGCCUGGUCUUAAGGAGGGAGCCAGAGGGAUAAUUCUUGGUAGCUGUGCUCUUUGGGUAGACUUGGUGAGGUUCCACCUCCAUCUCUUCUCACUAUGGAACCUAACAGUCCAAAGAAGAUUCAGUUUGCUGUUCCUUUAUUUCAGAGUCAGUUAGACCCACAAGCAUCUGAGCAGAUCAGGAAGAGAAGACCCACGCCAGCAACACUGGUUAUUUUUAAUGAACAAACACCACCAGAAACAGAUGAAAAGAGAACAGCAAAUAAUCCAGGCGAAGCUCAGAGUGCUGAGAUGUCACCAAAGCAGAGAAAGCAGAGUGUCUACACACCUCCCACAAUGAAAGUUACAGGCUGUGAACAGGCAGAUUCCCUAAAAAGUUGCGAUGACAAGAAUGAUCUCCUGCGCUCCAGAAAUACACAGCAGCUCUUAAUGAUGAGCUCAGAAGAGCAAUCUGAGAAACCAAGGCGGAAAGACACACCAUAUCACCACCAACCUCCCUUUAUACCAGGGGUGAAGCUAAUGAAAACACAAAAAGAAUCAGCUUUUCCAGAGGAAGAGGAAGGAAUAAAUGAACAAGAAGAAAAUUGGUCCCCUUAGAAGACAAGAGGUGCCUUAAUGGGAAAUUUUGGAUUUUUGUUGUAGCUUCAGAUGAAUGAACUGACAGCCUUUUCUAACUUGUCCUGCAGACUGAAUUUAGCCAUGAAAUGAUCAUUUCCAGGUUUUAUAAAACCUGCUAAAAAUUAGGUCUAACUAAUUUUUCCUCUAAAUCUAUAAUGACGCAUCACCCCUCAAAUGAAAAAUAAUGUUGCAAUUUAUUAGCUGAAUGUCAUCCUCUUUCAACGUUAACACUUGUACAACAUUUAUGUUUGUAAUCCUUUUGCUAUCAUUGUCAAUUAUUCCACAAUGAAUAUUCAAAUUAUAUCCCAUUGAGUCUGCCAAUUGCUAUUGCAGAAAUAUUGAUUGUAAACUGCAGAUCAACAUCUUUAAAAACAACCUUCAAACACAAAGAAUAAUGUUGUUGUCUAAUAUAUCUACAUCUUGUUCACUGCCAUACAACAGCCUUAGACAUCUUAGACACAAUCGUGAGAUAUAUAUAUGUAAGAGUACCAACAAUUUACUGAAAGCCUCUAAGAGUUUUCCUGCUGCUUUAACAACUAUGACUGUUAUUGACAUAUCUCCAUCUGGGUGAAAAAGAAAUCAAGCUGGUUAUAGAGCAAUAUUUAUUUCAUAUUGAUCAGAAUCUUCCAAAAUGUGAAGUUUGAAAAAUCCCAAGGUAACCUAUGCAUACACUGUAAAUAUGAAUCCAUCAUAUUGACCAAUCUAAUCUAAUAGACUCAUUGCCAUCAUUCUCACUUGAACUUGUCAAUCACUAUAGAAUUGUGUGUCUGCAUAAAGAAAAAAAGAUAAUUGAGUGGUAAGGCCUUAAAUAAGGCAACAUGUCUAAGACUGUUGUAGAGCAGAGCAUACAUAUACACAGUAUAAAGAAGUUGUUUACUUUCUGGGUUACAUAAACACUUACAUCUAGUUCUCUUUUGCAUUUAAUUUUUGAUUGUACUGUGUAACACAUUUUGAAAUAGUAAGAAAAAACUUAUAUUUUUAGAAUAAAACUGCUUAUGAACUUAAUUUCUGGCUGCUUUCUUCUGCCUUGUUUAAUCAACCAUGCAAAGCUCAUUUAGACUUCUGUCACAAUAUAAAGUUCAUUUUACAAGACAGAUGUAUUAGAAAUUCUAUUUUAUUAAAUGGAAGAGUGGUGAAAGAGCUGUGUAAAAUGUUAACUGUCUACAGCAUUUGCCUAGUCUUUCAAUUCUUGCUUCUAGGGGCAAAAUUUGACUUGUGUGAAAACCAUGUUUACCAGUUUCAGCAUAGACUCUAAUGUGCAUUAAGGGGAAAUUAAAUUAAAUAAAAAUAAAGUGCAACAUGCCUCUGAAUCCAUAAUGCAAAAUGUCUGAGACAGCGCAUUAGGUUUCAUUUAAUGUAUCCCUGUGUUCACAUUAUAAACCAUCUUGGUGAAAAAAUGGGAUGUCUUUCUUUGUAGAAAUCAAACACAGUCAGCAGGGUUGUCUGGCACUUAGCCUGAUUAUGGCCUGUAUCAAUGUCCUUCAGUUUUAUGUAGAGCUUAGAAAGAAGGACAAAUUUAUGUGCAGCCUAGAGAAAUCUGAGUUCACAUUUUUAUCAUAAUGCUUACGACUCAGCAUUUUAAGGUCCCUUUAAGUUUGAAUAGAUGUUUUUUUUUUCUCAGUUUUAUAAACUGAAUUAGAUUUGGAUGUGUAUGACAGUGAAUGGGUAAGAAGUAUUGUUUGGGCUUAUUUCAAGUUUCUUUUUAAUGGAAACACUGAAAGUUGACAGCUACUGUACAUGUUUAUACCAGAGCUUUUUAUUGCUUAUCUAAAUCCCACAGUGCUGUCUUUUUUAACAUCUAAUAAAGCUUCUGAUAUAAGAA